AUGAGCACGGACUCUGCAAAGUCUUCUGGUGGUGUUGUCCCCGCAUCGGAGGGGGAAGAACCCCUUUCGGAUGCGUUGCCAGAAACUGCAGCUGCCGCGACAAGAACAUCGCAUGAUGUUAACAUGGACCCACAACAUGUUCAGCCGCCCCCUUCUCGGCUUAUGGGUGGUAUGAUGGAAAGUUACGCGGUGUGGCUUGCCGUGCUGGUGCUGUUACUGGCUGUUGGUAAUUGGCGCUACGACGCGUACAUGAUUUUCGCGAAUCAUGACGAUUUGCAAACAAGGUACACCGAUUAUCUGACCAAGCGCUGGUCACGGGAGGGUGAGGCGCUCCUUGCAAACGCUUCACUGGACCCCAGUUUUACCCACUACAGAGGGGCACGCAUCCAUUUCCGUGCCAUCACGCGAAGAGUGCCCAUUUCUGGUACUACUCCCACGCAGUUUCAGGUCAAGAUUGGUCUGCCCGAGGUAGACAAUGACAACCGUUGGCGCGGCGACGAAGACGAGACAGACGACAAGUGGCGUGAGCUUAGAAAUGAACUGAGGUGUGUUGGCGAAGAAGGGAAAUUGCGGUUUCACAUUGUGGGUUUUCUUUCCGAUGGCACCCGGUUCUUUUCAACUUAUGUGAAUGGAAAGAAAGCGGAAGGGCAUAAUUUGCGGCAAUCUUUUCUGUGCUUUCAAAAAGUUGUGUCGCUGAUGUGCACAGGUGACAAGUGGGAGAUCGUAUGCGCACCGGAGGAGGUGUACGGCCCGGAUGGGGGAGAAAACGUUCCACCGGCCGCGACAACUGUGUGGCGUGUUAGUGUCGAGAGCGUGGAGAGCAGGCGAACAACGACAAGGAAGGAAGCGGAGGCACUCCUUGCAGCAUCUGUGGUGCAUGCGAAAGGCACGCCACGUAUGACGCGGAGGCAACUCUUUGAACGGUCAAAAGCAUAUUUACCGGUCUCAAAAACAUUAUGA